AUGGCAGAGUUCUUAAAAUUGACGGACUGGACUUGGCAAUUGGAGGCGCUGAAGGUCACUCCAUCUAUUCUUGCUGGAAUGAACAAAGAUCAAGAGCUGCUGUAUCGUCGCGAAGGCAUCAAGUUGAUUGCGGAGAUCGGAGCUGCAUUGAAUUGUAAGCCACGUCCCACUAUCGGUGUCGCCGCAGUUUACUUCCAUCGAUUUUACAUGGAACACAGCUUUCAAAACUUUAACAGAGAGAUCACCGCUAUCAGUUGUCUUUUCUUGGCCGGAAAAGUCGAAGACUUCCCGAAAAAGUGCAAAGAUGUGUGUGCAGCAGCACAAGCACAAUGGCCAGAAAUCUAUGGAAAAUAUCAUCAUAGUCUUGUGGACGAAGUAAUGGGAGCCGAACGAGUAUUGUUGCACACACUGAAGUUUGAUUUGCAAGUUGGGUUACCUUACGAUGCACUGUUAGAGUAUAAGACAAUGUUCCCGGAUAUGAGCAGAGAGCAGAUUACCGACGCUGUUCAAAUCGCUUGGACAUUCAUCAACGACAGUAUCUACACGACAUUGUGCAUCACAACAGAACCUCAAAUGAUUGCCAUCGCCCUUCUUCAUCUCGCAUUCACAGUCAAAGGCUAUCAACCUGUUCAACAAAAUAUGGAUCCGUGUUGGUGGAGUGCCGAUGUCAGCAACUGGCCACAGGAGUCUGUCGAUAAGGCUUGCCAUUUGGUGCUCGAUUUCUACUCCGCCACCAAGGAACAUCCAGUUCUUGAGAGCAGAAGGCUCACCACGCUUUAA